UAAUAGUUGGGAUUUCACUAGGAUAUCCCAAGUUCUCUUUAUAUUACUUUCCAGUUCAUUUAUUUGAAAAAAUCAGGCUUCAAUUUUCACCGAACGCCGAACUCAAUAAUCAUUCGAAGGCAGAUAUAAAUACACAAUCCUCAAUCCAGUAGAUUCAUUCAGAGUCAUACCAAGAUGACGACUGGGCACCAAUCCUAUGAUGGUCAGCAAGACGAUGGUCAUCUUAGUCUCAUUGGAAGUGAUGUCAAAAACUCCAACGACAAGAAUAAAAAAUGUCCCAUGAUAUCAUUUUUCAUGAGAGGAUAUAUCCCUAUCGCUAUCAUGGCAGUCAGCAUCAUACAAAUUUGUUUCCACAUACUUUUGACACAGCUUCCGACCCUAAGCUUAGAAAAUUACUUGAAAUUCCAACCGGGAGAGUUGAUAGAAUUAUGGAGAUUAGUUACCUACAUGCUGCUUCAUGACGGCUGGACCAACCUGAUCCUAAACGUCGUGUUCCAGUGUAGAUUCGCAAUACUGCUCGAAAAAAGACAGGGUUGUUUGAAAGUGCUUGGCCUCUAUUUGAUUGGAGGUGUAGCUGGAGCCAUGGGGUCCUUCUGUUUCUACGAUGAGGAUGUCGUCGGAGCAUCAGCAGGGGUGAUGGCUCUUGUGUUUUCGACUAUUCCAGAUAUUGUUAAGAGUUCUGAGAAGAUAUUCGAUAGCUGCAGGGGAUGGUCCAUAGGUGUUCUGGUGCUUUCCGAUGUUGUUCGCAACAUUCUCGAAAUUUACACAAAUGAAGUUGUCACAUCUUGGCCAACUCAUAUUUUCGGCGGAUUCUCAGGUCUUCUCUUUGGUUUCAAAUAUUUCAAGAGCACCUGUAAAAUUGCAAAGUCCUCAGACUCCUCAGAUCAGAACGGAAUGGAAAUGAACGAAAGAAGUUAGGAAGAUGAUGUUUUUUCAGACAAUCAGAAAAACUUCUAGGCCGAGUUGAAUAACAAAUCAAUGAGACAAAUUUCUAUAUCAUAUAGGGUGUCCGCUAAAAGGAGGUCAAUUCAUUAACCAUAUAUAUAUUAACAACUGUACUAUGCUGUUCGGUUUGAGGAUAGUCAUGUUUCAGGUAAUAAAAUGUAAUACUGAUGACAAUGCUGUUGAGAGAAGUAUUCUCGUUGAAGCUUUUUCACGUUGUGUACGAAAUACUCAAUUUAAUUGCUCAUAGUUCCAGAAUGAACCCAUUUUAAUGUUUUUGAACUCAAUGUGACAAAUCAAUAUGAUAUCAUUUAUUAGCUAUUUUAUAAAUUACAUACAUAAAUAUAAAAAAUAUAUGAAAACUAGCCUCUAUUGGCAAAACAGCACAUUUAUUUUCAUCAUAUUAAAUUAGCUUAGGACGAAUCCUACUUGGCAAUUUCAAUUCGUUCAUUCAAAAUUUCAUUCUACGAUUAAUACUCUUCUCUACUGAUAUUCUUUCAUCUUCAUUUCAGAAAUAUGUCGAUCAUUUUUUUCUAACAAUACUAACUUCAUGCGGUAUGAAUUGAUGAAUAGUUUACUGAUAAAAUUGAUGAUAUUAACUAAAUAUUUGGGUGUGUGAGUGAAUAAUUCAUAUGGAAAUAAAUUAUGUUGAGUUCUUUGGGAAUCAUUUUUUUCAUGCAUGGCACUGUGUAUUGAAAUCGUUGAGAAUGUUCCAUAUCAAGAAAUCUUACAUUCAUAUAGUGACUACAAGAGUCUCUCAAUUGGGCUACACAUUGUCAAUCCAACUGUUCACUCCGAUAUCAACAAAAUCAACUAAAAGUGGCAUAUCUUGAGAGAAAAUAUACUAUUUAUCUAUUCUGGAUAGUUUUGACUCAAAUUGCUGCGAAAAUGAAUGCAUGAUCAUGAAAAUAUCCUGUGAAGUCACACAUUCUUCGAAUCUUAUGAACAUUACAUACAUUAUUCCAGAUUUUUUUGGAUUUUCUCUCCUCGUUUCUAUAGAAUAUAAAUAUGUUUCUCUACGACUAUCGUAUUCUACAUUGAUUACAUAUAGGUUAGUAAUUGAUGAAUGAAGAUGAUUCCAAGACACCGUGGAUCCCAACUCAUUAUUCAACGGCACUCGACCAAUCACAGAUUCAGAAUUUUCAGGAUCCACAGCAACUGAAAAGGUUAGACUAAUGAAAAACCAGCAAAUCUACAAAACAAAUUUCUCAAGAAG